AUGGCCGACCCGGUUGGGUUCGACCAGUUUGUCUUGCGCCUUCUAACGGCGCUUGACGGGCGCCGUGUGCACACAGGCCACGAGGCACCUGACAGCGGGCCCUGGACGUCAGGUUUAAAGGAGGAAAUGUGCCAUGGAGUUUUUGGUGUUUGCCUCCCGUGUUUGGUGUCCACUGCUGACACUGCCACAACAAGCACCACUGACCACCAAGCGCUCAUGUCACUGAGGGCUCUGAUCAAUGGAGACCCAUUCCAAGCACUGAAUGCAUGGGGAAACCAGUCGAUCCUUAUGUGCCAAUGGCGCGGAGUGGCAUGUGGCAUGCGGGGCCGCGGCGGCGGCCGUGUCGUAGCACUGGAUCUUGGUGGGCUCAACCUUGUUGGCUCCAUUGCCUCUUCCAUAGGUAACCUAACUUACCUCAGGCAUUUUGGCCUCCAAGAGAACCGCUUCUCCGGUACCAUACCUUCAGAGGUUGGACAUCUCGUAGAACUCGAGUAUAUGAACCUCAGCAGGAACUCCAUCGGCGGGGAGAUCCCACCGACACUGGCCGCUUGUGUCCAGCUUCGAGUUAUUGAUCUGAGUCACAACAUGCAUAAAGGCUCGGUGCCGCGGGAGUUGUCAUCCCUGCAUAAUCUAGAGGUGCUGGCUCUUGGGUACAACAACCUUACAGGAAACAUUCCCGCGGAGAUUGGAAACCUGAAAGGUCUGAUCGUUCUUCAUCUGGUAUCAAACAUGCUAGUAGGAGAAAUUCCUACAGAGAUUGCAAAUCUUAGAAACUUGACCAGUUUAUACCUUAACAUUAAUGGUCUGUCAGGUUCUGUUCCUGCCUCUCUUGGUGGCCUCCAAAAAUUACAGAUUUUGUAUCUAGCCACGAACCGACUCUCAGGACCGAUUCCAGCUUCCCUAGGAAAUCUAUCUAAUUUACUAAUUCUAGAUUUCCAGUCAAAUGGCCUAACCGGUAGCAUCCCUGAAUCAUUAGGAAAUCUGAAUCUCCUUAACGUGCUUUCUCUCACAUCUAAUAAUCUUACAGGCUCAAUUCCUCACACUCUCGGGAAACUCAGUUCUGUCGUUGAGUUUUAUCUCAACGGGAAUCAACUCGAGGGUUCCAUACCAGUUUCUGUAUAUAAUCUUUCAUCCCUCCAAUUUUUCAAUGUGCAAUACAACAACCUGAGUGGAUCCAUUUCAGAUGACUUGGGUAAUAAGUUUACACAACUCCAGCAACUUUCCAUGGACAAUAACAGAUUUCAUGGGUCCAUCCCGGAGUCUUUGUGUAAUGCUUCAAUGCUUGAACUAGUUCAAUUGUCUGACAACUUUUUUUCCGGAGUAAUACCAAAAUGUCUUGGAGCUACCAUGAAGAGCUUAUCGAGACUGCUUCUCUCAAAUACCCAACUAGAGGCAAGGAAUGAUGCCGAUUGGGAUUUCAUUUCUAGCUUGACAAACUGUAGUAUGCUAUCAUACCUAGCUCUUGACAAUAACAAACUAGAAGGGGUGCUACCAAAUUCAAUAGCAAAUCUUUCCACAAACUUAGAAUAUUUUAGCGUGACAGGCAACAUGCUGCAUGGAGAUAUACCUGAAGGAAUUGGAAACCUUGUCAACUUGCAACUCUUGCAGAUGGAUGGCAAUUUCCUACAUGGAAAAAUUCCUGAAUCGAUUGGUAACCUUGGGAUCCUGGCUGAACUAUACUUAAACAACAACAGUUUAUCUGGACCAAUUCCACCAAUGCUUGGAAAUCUAACAGCAUUAAGUAUACUUGCCCUCGCCCAAAAUGUGCUUACUGGCCCCAUACCAUCCAGCCUUGGAAGCUGCCCUCUGAUGGUGCUGAGCCUAGCAUUCAAUCGGCUUGUUGGUCCAAUACCAAAAGAGAUUUUCCUCAUAUCGACACUGUCUGUUUCUGUGGAGGUUCAGGGCAACAAGUUAACUGGGAAAAUUCCUUUAGAAGUUGGUAAUCUGGUGAAUAUUGGAUCUCUGGAUGUGUCUGACAACAGGAUAACUGGAUUAAUUCCUGCUUCUCUAGCUCAGUGUGGAAGUAUGCAGUAUCUCAGUAUGGAAGGAAACCUAUUUCAGGGCACGAUUCCAGCAUCAAUGUCACAGAUGAAAGGCCUUCUAGUUCUUGAUGUUUCAAGAAACAACUUGUCCGGUGAGAUCCCAUUCUUCCUUGGGGACAUGCAGGGGCUCGCUACCCUCAAUAUAUCAUUCAACAAUUUUGUGGGUGAAGUUCCGAAACAUGGAUUAUUUCUGAAUGCAAGUGCAGCUCUGAUUGAAGGGAACUAUGGCUUAUGUGGAGGAAUCUCCCAAUUUAACUUGCAUCCCUGCUCAAAUCAUACAUCCAAGAAGUGGUCUCACAAGCUUGUCGUGUUGAUCUCAGUAGGCAGUGCAGUUAUUUGCAUUAUCUUAGUAGUACUAUUUGCACUAUUUGCACAACGGAAAUUGAAAAGCAAGUUUACAGAGACAGGACAGGUUCCAUCGCUCCAUAGUGGACAACAUAUGAGGGUUACCUAUGGUGAAUUAGUGAGAGCAAGAAGUGGUUUUGCUUCUGAGAAUCUCUUAGGCACAGGAAGCUUCGGCUCAGUGUACAAAGGAACAAUGAUGAAUGAAGAUCAGGAAGUGAUUGUCGCUGUCAAGGUGCUCAACCUCCAGCAGCGAGGGGCAUCUCAAAGCUUUGUUGCAGAAUGUGAGACUUUAAGAUGCAUCAGACAUCGAAACCUUGUGAAGAUAUUGACAGUCUGCUCAAGUAUUGAUUUCAAGGGUCUAGACUUCAAAGCUCUCGUAUUUGAGUUCAUGCCGAAUGGAAAUCUUGAUCAAUGGCUACACAGCCGUCUCGUGGAAGAUGGGGGCAAUGGGGUGCUCAGUCUUACCCAAAAGGUAGACAUUGCCAUUGAUGUAGCUUCAGCACUAGAAUAUCUGCACCACAAUAAGCCAGUGCCAAUAGUUCACUGUGAUCUUAAGCCAAGCAAUAUUCUCCUCGACGAUGACAUGGUUGCCCAUGUGGGUGACUUUGGACUUGCAAGGUUCUUGCCUGAGGAUGAUACUAGCCUCCUAGAGAUAUCAAGUGGUUGGGCUACAAGAAGGGGAACAAUUGGAUAUGCUGCCCCAGGUUUGCCAUUACCAAUCACCACUGUUGCUCAUCUUUUAUGUACCAAUUUCUCAUUCCAAACUAAUUUCACAUGCAUUUCUUUUCCAGAGUACGGUCAAGGAAAUGAAGUCUCGGUCUAUGGUGAUACCUAUAGCUACGGAAUAAUGUUGUUAGAGUUGUUCACUGGUAAAAGGCCAACUGAUGGUGGGUUUCUGCAAGAUCUUAACCUACAUAGUUACGUCGAGAUAGCACUGAGGGACCAAGCCACCAACCUGGUGGAUCUGUGCUUAUUUUCUUCACCGGGGGAAGGAACAGAAAUGAGAGCUUCAUGCAUCACUUCAGUUCUGCACAUUGGGAUAUUAUGUUCGAAGGAACUGCCAACUGAUCGCAUGCAGAUUGGGGAUGCUAUGAGAGAGCUACUGACGAUCAGAGACACGUACCGCACGCACCUAUUGAGUAGAGGUGGGUCCAUCUAA